AUGGGUAUUUGUCUAGAUACAGAAAAAAACAACACUGCGUCCGACAUAGAGGACCCAGACUGGAAAGGCGGAGGACCGAGCACGCGUUCCGCUGUGGUACGCACCCCCAAAAGUGCCAUAACCGGGAUGCAGAACACCGGCAAGGUGAAGUUCGAUCCACCGAAAGUGCCCGUCAUAUUUGUGCUAGGUGGCCCCGGUAGUGGUAAAGUAACGCACUGCGAUACUCUGAUGCAGGAGCGCCGCGGUGUUACGCACAUCAACAUGAUGGACUUGCUGCAACAGUACGCCAUCGGGAAUGAUAUGCAAGACUUCUCCCAGCUUUCCUCGCGAACGGUCACCGAGGUACUGAUGCUGGAAAUGAAAAUGUCACCAGCUGCCAAAACUUACCUUGUAUCCGGAUACCCACGAUCGAUGCGGGACGUCGUCGAGUACUCGGAAAAGAUCCAGGUAAUCAACGGUGUGAUACUGAUAUCCUGGCGUCAGGCCAUACUACAGAAGCAGAUCGAUUACGGUGCCAAGCUGGGCCAUGUGGUACUAUCGUUGGCCAAGAUGGAGCUGGAGAACUUCUUCAAGAACGUCAUGCCCGUGGCGGACUACUUCGACCAGAGCGAUAUGCUGAUCGCGAUAAACGGUGAGCGAUCGCCGUCGGAGGUGUACAAAGACUUUCGCACCGCCGUACUAGACAUACUCGGUGCGCAAGAAAAUCAGGAAGCACUGUUAAAUGGAGUCGCAGGUAUGGGCAGGGGCGUAGAUGACAUACCCGGCAGUAUAGUUAGUGUAGACACGGCACCUAGUCAACCUAAGGUCAUUGCAGCUCCCGCACAUCAAGUAGAAUUAAACCAUACUCGCACGCCUCCGCCCCCAGCAAAUGGUGCCCGGCCGGCGAAUGCGGUGGACCAGAUGACGCGUCCCACGUCGCACGGGUUGCUACACCGGCAACAGUCACGUUCCAGCCUGCACCAGACAACUGGCGAGACGGCCACCUUGGGUGGGUAUGAUGAGGCAUCGCCCGAAAGUUUCCGACCCCGUGGAUCCAUGCCACCGCCCGUGAUCUGGGUGAUCGGAGGUCCUGGUAGUAAUAAGGCUACGCUGUGUAUAAAGGCGGUAGGAAUCAAUCCCGGCUGGGGUCAUUUCAGUGUGGGGCGAUCCUUGAGAGCAGUAGCCGAAUCGGGACCACGCGUAGGGUCGGACAACUACGCGGUGAAGGAAGCGAUAACGGCGGGCGAGAUGGUACCGAAGAAAUCAUUGGACGCGUUGAUACAGGGUCAGCUGAUGCAGCUAGCCGAAAAGCGAGGCAUUAUCAUCGAUGGAUAUCCCCGGGACAUGGAGCAGGUCGCCGAUUUCGAGCGAAAGUACAAUCAAAAGCCUCCAAUAAUUUUGCUGGACUGCUCGAAGUUGCAGCUCGGUCGUGGACGACUGGAUGACACCGUGUCUUCAUUUCGUCGCCGAUUAGAGCUGUUCCGGGAGCUAACGCUUCCGAUGCUCAAAGAGAUGGAUACCGCGGGUCGGCUCACCAUCGUUGAUGGAGACACGGACAGUCCAUCGGUGCAGCGCGAGUUUGAGCGGAUCGUUCGCGUCAACAUGGAGCGGGUGUUGAACUCGGGCCUCGCACAGACCGACCCCGACAAGAACGAGGACAUUCCACCGGUGCAAAUAGGCACCUUCAAGACCGUGCUGCAACAGACGCAGCGUAACAGCAUGGAUGCGAUCGUGCAAGAUCUCGACACGGAAAUGCCAGGCGCGGUGCCAACGAUUAGCCAUCACGUUAGUCUUGCUAACGGGCAUCUCCCAGGAAGUGGUAAGCCUGGCCCGGCGAAGAACGGGUACGUCCCGAACGGUCGUCCCAAUUUCCGCAACAUGCUGGAGGAAGCGGACAGCUACCCGAUAGAUUCACACAUAUAG